GACAUUUUCCGCUGCCAUUGAGUUUGCUCCAGGUAUGGGCGCUGUCUUCAUUCCAUCCGGGAAACUGAUGGUUUCGCAGCAAAAGGAGUGACCAAGUCUGUAAUAUUUCGAAAAGAAGUAAUGCGUCGAGUACGACGUUGAGGUAAAUCGUUAAAGAGGAGGCGCGGAAUUCAACGAAUCUUUGAAAGCCCUCAACGUAUAAAAGUAAUAUGCCUCCGUUAUCUUUAUCUUAAUACCUGCCAAAAUCACUUCAUCCGGUGCACCACCCACCAAAAGGAAGGGAAGGAAAGAAGAAGAGGACCGUAUCUUUCUUGGUUGAGGCGGAAGGAGGGAAGGAUUUUUCCCAACUCGCCUGUCUACAAAUGCGUCAAUUCUGAGCUUGACCUCUUGUUUGGUAACCGGUUGCAUCAAAGGCUUUUCCCUGCUCAAGCUACUUCUAUUGAUGUGGCGUUGUUUGUAGUGAUUCUUCGCUGAAUUGAACAGUAAAGCAAUGGAAUUGGGCUUUGGACUUCCGUUAUCCUUCCCGCCUGCAAAGACGUAUACCCGCGAGACCCAUGGUUUUCAAACAAGUCGCCAUGUCCCGUUCAAGCUAUUUGAUCAACGAGGAGCUCGUUCAGUGGCUUGUUGCGCCACCCAGAGAGCCCAGAUACCAGAGCUUUCGUUGGAGAAUGAGAAACACAAUCUUCUGAGAGCUAUCCAGGACACCCAGAGAGGUCUUGUUACCAAUGCCGAUCAACGUUCUAACAUUGAAGAGGCUAUGGUGAACCUCGAGUGUUACUGUUCCGGUGCACCAAUUGAUCUGGUGAAGUUGGAUGGGACAUGGCGUCUGCAGUAUACAUCUGCUCGCGAUGUUCUCAUUCUUCUCGAGUCUGCUGCUACUCUCCCUUUCCUCCAGAUUGGACAGAUUUUCCAAAAAUUUGAUUGCCUGGAUCAAUCAAAUGGUGGUGUUGUCUACAAUGUUGUCAAAUGGAGCAUCCCAACCUUGCUAGAGGAAGACAAUGGUGUCACUCUACUUGUUUCUGCAAAAUUUUCAGUGCUUUCUGCUCGGAACAUUUACCUUCAGUUUGAAGAGGUGACUUUUGAAGAUAUAAACAUCAGUGGAGAGCUGCAAGCUCUAAUAGCUCCAGCGCUGCUUCCACGGUCAUUUUUGAGCUUGCAGAUCUUGCAGUUUAUUCGUGCUUUUAAGGCUCAGAUUCCUUUAGGGAAUCAAGAUAGUCGAUCAGUUGGUGGAUUAUACUAUCUUUCGUAUAUAGAUAACAACAUGCUGUUGGGUCGGGCCAUUGGCGGUGGAGGAGCUUUCGUUUUCACCAGAGCUCAACCUCUUUAGUCUUGACUAAUGAGGACUACAUUGGAAGUUUGCCCAGAUGCCACAAUGGAGAAUACCUGUGCAAAGUGAAACUAUCUGGAAAGUGCUACCACAACGGCAAGGUUUUAUGCAGCCGAUGGCGAAUUUCUAUUUGAAUUUAUUUGCCGUUUCAUUUCUUUUCUAUCCUCGGUUCAUAGAAACAGAAGCAAAGCUGGUAGGUACUUUUGACAUUACUGUAUAUUACCCAAACAGGAUUCGCAUACAUUGCUGACUUUUUCAUCAAUUUGUAUCCCUUCAUAUAAAUUCAGGAGUUCUCAGAUGAUUGCAAAAUGUUUUCCUUCUCUAA